AUGUCGUCGUCGAAGAGUGUCAAGGUGAGCAGGACGGGCCAUGCGAUUAGAAGCUGGACGGCGAAGCCGAUUCUAGGUUCCGAGUUUACGGAGCCUCCUAAGCUGCAGGAAGUUUACGUGGGCUUCCUGAAGCAACGGAAGGACACCUCCGCCGUGAUCCAAAGCAUAUCCUCCGUCUUGCCGGGAUUCCAUCAUCUCAGACGUUGUUCCAACGGCAGGCUGCUGCUGGCUCCACUCCGCUCAGGCGAAUCGUCGUCGACUAGCGAGCGCGAUGGUACUCUCAGCGAAGAUGAGCUCAAGAACCAGCUGAAGGAGAAAGGAUUUGAUCUCUCCUUGCUGGCAGACAAGUUCCAAGUGACGAAGGUGCCGGCCAAGCCGCCGAGAACGAAGGCGCAGGCCGGCGAGGCUUCGAAGGUCUGGCCGGUGAACUUUCAUCCCGACGCGACGAUCGAGAGCCUGAUCGACGGUUCCGUGUUCGACGAGGCGAGCUUGCGCGUGAUCGAGGGGAUCAUGUCGCUGGUGAUAGAAGCCACCCGGCUGGAGACAGUCGGCAAUCUCUUUUGCACCGGCGCCGCGGCGGUCGUUGAUCCCGAAGACGGCAGGAUCUUGGCGGUCUCCGCCGCGAGGAUCGACCGGCAUCCCAUGUGGCAUGCCGCCAUGCUAGCGGUGGAUCUCGUCGCGAAACUCCACGGCGGCGGUGCGUGGCGCUUGGACGAUGGGAAGCGCGACGAAGCCGUGAAGAAAGGCGCGAACCACGCCGGUGGCGAGGAGGAUGUAGAAAAGGAGAAGGAAACGCUUGGCGAAGGCGUGAGCGAUGUUGAGGGCCUGAGGACGCGGUUGGGGAGGAUCAAGAGGAGGUACGAGGAGGACACGCCGCUCUGUUACCCGAGAUCCUUGUCGACGCUGACGUUUCCGCCUCAAGCGCCCCUCAGGACGCGACCGUCGCGCAAAGGACGGAGGAACAGCGGCGCGAACGCGAAGGAGGAAGGACGCGGGGUCGACGCACCGGACACCGACAGGAGCGGGCCGUAUCUGUGCACGGGUUACUGGGUCUUUCUGUUGAGCGAGCCGUGUCCCCUGUGCGCCAUGGCGUUGCUGCACUCGAGAGUCUCGCGGAUCUUCUACGGCGCGGCGAACCCGCGCAUCGGAGUAUUGGGCUCCGUGGCGGUUUUGCACACGAUGCCGGGCUUGAACCAUCGCUACCGCGUCUGGAGCGGUAUCCUGGAGCGAGAGUGUCAGCGUGCGGCGGAUAAGGUCGACGCGCGUCGCGCUCCUUGGUAUUUGAGUCCGAGACUAGGCUGCCCGCGGGAGGGGACGACGAUGUGCUCCGAGUGA